AUGUCGACCUCCAACCGCGCUCACCGCCGGCGCACACCCGCACCCAACAACACCGCCAACGCCGUCCAAGACGCUCCCUCUGCAUCUCCAUCGCCAUCCACGCACGACUCGAAGCCUUCGCCUCGUCGCCCCGCGCACAAGGCCUCUCGAAAACUCUCCCAACCCCCGCGCCAGCCCGGCACGGGCCAUGUGUCGACGCAGCUCGCACCUCCGUGGCCGUUCAAUCCCUCCGAAACAGCCUUAAUCCGCGCGGGCUAUCUCCCAGCCUUCAAGCCUAAGCCUUCGCCUUCCACUACCGCCGCCGACGACAAGCAUCCCGAAGCGAACUCCAAACACAAACCGACUCCCAAGAUGGCCGAGCCUCGAGCCCGUGCCGCGCGGCACAAGGGGCAGAUGAAUUUCGCCUCGGAGCGUGCGUCGUCCCCCGUCCCCCAUUUCUAUUCCAUCGAAGACGGUGUACGGUGUACUGACGAAAGUCACUAUAUGUCCAUUGCAUCAUGA